AUUAGUGGGACCAAAAGUGAAUUCCGCCCCCUUGGAUCUCAAAACUCCCAAACUCACCCUUUCCCCUUACUCAACGAGGAGGAGAAUCCUGUAUUUCGUCGACUCUGAUUCCAGCCUCUCAAGGAGAACAUCUUCUUCGGCGUUGAUUUGUUUCCUCUCAAGUACCCAUAUCUCAUUUUUGUGAUUGUGUGUGAUUUGUGUUGGGUUUGGAAGCUCAAUUUUUUAAUAAGAGUAGGAAUGGUGGUAUGCUACUUUAUGGGAAAAUGUUUUGCCCCAAAAAAGUUCUAAUGAAAUUCAAGUGGUGGUAAGUGUUUGUUGUAAAUGUACAAACUGGAGAGGAGCUGGCUGUUUAGCUGGCAGUAGGAUACUGUGAUCAUCUUCAAGCAGUGGAAACGAAAGAAAAUGGAGGACAAGGGCAAAGGGAGCGAAAGAUGGAACGGAGCCAUAGGCAAUUUGACAGAAAUGGCUUUCAAUUUGGAGUCUCUCCAGAAGCUAAUUCUUAAAAAGGCUGUCUUUGUUGAAGAAGAGACCUUUGCCAAAGCCUCACUUUGUUCUGAACAAGCUCGAACCAUCAAGGUUCUUGAACAAAGGGUAGAAAGUUUGGAAAGAGAACUUGAUGCUGCCGUUACAGCUGCUGCUCGUGCUCGGGCAGAAAAACGACAGGCUGAGGCAGCAGAAAAGGCUGCUGAGUUGCAUGCGCAAGAAGUUACAAAAGAGCUCGAGAACACCUCAAAGGUAUUUGAGCUGCACCUGGAAGAGUUGCGUGCCAAACAAGAAGAGAUCGCCAAGCGUGAUAAGGAAAUCAAACUUUUGGAAGCUAUAAUUCAGACACUUGGGGGAAAAGAAUCGUCCUCGCAUUCAAAAAGAGGCUAGAAUAUCUGUGUUGUGAAAUUUUUGUGUCAAGUUGGUUCUUUUUCUUUUUCUUGUAAAUUUACAUAGGAAGGAACAAUUCAAUGUGUCCACUUUCAAACAUAAAAAAGUGUUUAAUUCGACUGGCUAA